UUGUAGUAUGCGCGUGUGCUUCCGAAUGUGUCUGUUUCUGUCUAUGGUCUGUUUAGGGUCAGUUGCUGCAUUUUGGAGCAAAAUGUUUACGUUACUAUAAAGAAAGAGGGUUGCAUGUACAGUAGCAUGGACGACCAGCCAGCGUCAUAUUUAUCCAACGGUGGUUAAUCAGGAAUUCUGAAGUUCUUCUGAGGAUGUUUCAUCCAAGGCCCUAAUAAGAUGCUCCGUCUGAUAUAUCACCGGUGGCAGACCGUCGUACAACCUGCAGUUUGGUUAAGGUGGUGCUCCACCUCAGUGAAGCCCAAAUCCCUGCAGGGCUCAGACCAGACCCGUCUGAACCCCCUCAACAUCCAGAUGCUCUCCAGGAACCUGCAGGAGCAGAUAUUCCAGGGCCGGACGCAGGUGUACAUGGACGAGGAUGUUAAGCGCAGUAUAAGACACUUAGAGCAACAUGGACUCUGGGGGAAAGAAACAGACCUGUUACCUGACGUACAACUCAAAUUACCUCAAAUAUACGGCAAUGACAUUGACGAACAUUUCCGAUUACUUGCCCAAAAGCAGAGCCUUCCUUACCUUGAAGCGGCCAGCCAGCUUCAGGGUGCACGGCUUCCCGGGAUGCCCAAGGAAUGGGCCUGGGAAGUGGGCUGGACUCGGUAUGGGGCGGGUGGAGAGCAGCACAGGGUGAAUUUCCCAGAUGAGAAUGCUAUUGUGUUUGAUGUGGAAGUCUGCAUGGCGGAGGGACACUGUCCUACGUUGGCCGUGGCGGUUUCCCCAACUGCCUGGUACUCGUGGUGCAGUAAGAGGCUCGUAGAGGACAGAUACAUCUGGUCUAGUGAUCUGACACUGGCUGAUCUCAUCCCGCUGGAGACUCCCGCAAACUCCAGCCAGCCGCGGGGCGGAGAGUGGCAGGAGAGGCUCGUGGUUGGACACAAUGUGAGCUUUGAUCGGUCACACAUUAAAGAACAGUACUUGCUGAAGGGCUCCAAGAUGCGUUUCCUGGACACGAUGAGUCUCCACAUGGCGAUCUCAGGGCUGACGGGAUUCCAGCGCUCGCUUUGGAUGGCCAGCAAGUAUGGCAAGAGAAAAGGCCUACAGGAAGUGAAGGAGCACAUGAAGCGCCUCGGCCGUCGCCCUGAGGGCCCGAUGAUUGGCUCAUGGGAAUGGGUUGAUAUCAGUAGCAUUAAUAACCUUGCUGAUGUCCACGCUCUCUACGUGGGAGGAGAGCGGUUGAAGAAAGAACCGAGGGAUGUGUUUGUGAAGGGCAGCAUGUCGGAUGUUAGGACCAAUUUUCAGGAGCUGAUGCAGUACUGUGCUCUUGAUGUUUUAGCCACACACGAGGUCUUCACAGAGCAGCUGCCUCUCUUUAUGGAGAGGUGUCCUCACCCAGUGACACUUGCGGGUAUGCUAGAAAUGGGCGUGUGCUACCUUCCUGUCAAUCAGAACUGGGGGCGGUACUUGGAAGAUGCUCAGGCCACUUAUGAUGAACUGCAGAGAGAGAUGAAGAAAUCAUUGAUGAAUUUGGCUGAUGACACCUGCAAGUUAUUGGAGGAUGAUCGGUACAAAGAUGAUCCCUGGCUGUGGGAUUUGGAUUGGGACGUUCUGGACUUCAAGCUGAAGAAAAUCCCUGUAAGCAAGAAGAAAGCCAAACUGGAGGCUGAGGCAACAGCAGCAGCCAAACAAAAUGCCCCCAAAGACUGGGACGAGGACCCAGGUCCUCCUUCAGAAGCUGAGGCUGAUUCACACCCCAGCAGAGAGCUUUUACAGAGACUGAAGGAGACCGUCAGCUGCCUGCCAAAGAGGAGACAGCACUUACCGGCCCACCCCAGCUGGUACCGUAAGCUAUGUGUAAAGAUGUCUGAGGCCGAGGACUGGAUUCCUGGACCCAGUCUCAUUAGUCUGCAGAUGAGGAUCACGCCAAAGCUGAUGGGCCUCACGUGGGACGGCUUUCCCCUGCACUACACCGACCAGCACGGCUGGGGUUACCUGGUACCAGGCCGCAGAGAUAACCUGGACAUCUCAGAGGAUAGUGAAGGCCCUGUAUGUCCAUACAGGGCAAUUGAGAGCAUCUAUAAGGAGUAUUGUGAGCGGAAGGGGAAGGAGCAGCCCCAGUAUGUAGACAGCACACUUUCUGAUGACCUCAUGUUGACGGACAGUGCCGUGUGGCAGAAGGUUGAAGAAGUGAGUCGACUGGAGGUGUUUGAUGAUGAAGUGCUGAGCACAGCAGGCCCAUCCAAGAGGAUCAAGAAAAAACAAAAUUCAUUAAGCGAAAACGGGAACAGCGAGUGUCCCUAUCACCAUGGAAAUGGACCAUACAAUGAUGUCAACAUCCCUGGCUGCUGGUUCUUCAAACUGCCUCAUAAGGACGGAAAUGAGAACAAUGUGGGCAGUCCAUUCUCAAAAGACUUCCUGUCCAAAAUGGAGAGCGGUACGCUUCAGGCUGGACGUGAAGGCACCAACGCCACACGGGCGCUAGAGAUCAACAAGAUGAUAUCCUUCUGGAGAAAUGCCCAAAAACGCAUCAGGUCCCAAAUGGUAGUGUGGCUCCGCCGGGCAGAACUGCCGCGCGCCGUCAGACUACAUCAUGACUUUGAUGAGGAAGGGAAAUAUGGUGCCAUUUUGCCGCAGGUCAUCCCAGCUGGAACGGUCACUCGCAGGGCUGUCGAACCCACGUGGCUGACAGCAAGCAACGCUCAGAAAGACCGUGUCGGCAGUGAGCUGAAGGCCAUGGUGCAGGUGCCUCCUGGUUAUCACCUGGUGGGAGCCGAUGUGGAUUCCCAAGAGCUGUGGAUCGCUGCCAUGGUGGGCGAAGCACACUUUGCAGGAAUGCAUGGAUGCACAGCGUUUGGAUGGAUGACGCUCCAGGGAAAGAAAAGUCAGGGCACGGACCUGCACAGCCGCACCGCAGAUGCUGUGGGCAUCAGUCGUGAACACGCCAAGGUCUUCAACUACGGACGGAUUUAUGGGGCCGGCCAGCCGUUUGCAGAGCGACUGCUCUUGCAGUUCAAUCACCAACUGAGCCAACAGGAAGCAGCCAGUAAAGCUCGGCAGAUGUACGCUUUUACCAAAGGACUGCGCAG